ACCAUGGCGGAGUACAGCUCUCUGCUCAGCGACCUGUCUGAAAACAUCACCAACGAAGACUUGGAGCAGCUCAAGUCGGCCUGCAAGGAGGACAUCCCCGAGGACCAGAGCAACAACAUCACCUCCUCCAAGGAGUGGUUCAGCUACCUGGAGAAGAACGACAAGCUGGCCCAAGAUAAUCUGAUGUACAUCGAGCACAUCUUCGAGAUUUCGCGGCGACCGGACCUGCUGACGAGGGUGAUUGAGUACCGCACCACCGUGCUCAAGAUCUCUGAGGAUGACGAGAUCGACACCAAGCUCACACGCAUCCCUUCAGCCAAGAAAUACAAAGACAUCAUCCGCCAGCCCUCUGAAGAUGAGAUCAUCAAGUUGGCCCCUCCUCCUAAAAAAGUGUGAGGUCACAACCCCCAGCCCUGAUCUUUGCACCUUGAUUCCUUCACUCCUGGCACUCCAAUCAACCGACCAAGCGUUUAUGACCAACCCCAUCACUCCCCGACCUCACCCCCCUCACACCUACAACACACACCACACACAUACACACACACACACACAACCAGCCAUGCCACCCUCCUUGCACUAACACAUGCCAUGACACAGGACCACGCAGGAAGCCACCUACAAAGCAACCAAUCAGAUGGUAGCGAUGCAACCUCUUCCCAAGAUGAGGGGAGAUGGGAAGCUGCGGGAUAAAAAAAAGACAGUAGAAGAAGAAAUCUGGAGAUGGGCCGACAGUGUAUGUGUGUGAGGAGAGAGGAGCCAAAGCCUACCCUCGAUUAGAUCGCUGAGUGGGUCAGUUCAGAAUGAGUGUAAUCUGUUAACACUGUUCAGUCUGUGAUGCUGUGUUUAUGCAACUGUCUGUGUGUGUGCAUGUCAGUCAAAUUAGUUAAUUAGUUAAAACAUUCACCCAAGAAGAAAACUUAAAACCCUGCCUUCAAAACAACAACAACAACUAAAUGGUUUUACUUUUCAGAAGUUCUGAAAAUGUCACAAAGCCGAUAGAUAACCAUAGAGACAAUUAAGCUGUGUACACCUUGUAUGUACAGUGAUACAUAACUAUGACUAACCUAAUUCAGCAGUGCUUAAUUGUUUUGUUUAUUAAAUUGCCUUGAAUAUGCAAAAUAGCCAAAAUGUCAAAACUGACGGACUGAAAAAUACUAUUUGGAGACUAUAUGACACAUACGGAGUUUACAUGAUCAAAAACUAUUUUAACAUCAAACCUGCUGCUCAACGUGACACUUAAAAAGUAGUUAAAACUAAUCUUAAUCUCACACAUAUGACAUAUGUGACACAUAUGGUUCAUUUCUAUGAGGUGUGAUCGUUUUAGUGUGUAGCUGCAUUAAUUGUUCAGCUGUAUUUGUAAUGUGAAAGGGAUAGUUCGACAUCUUGGGAAAGACGCUUGUUUGUAUUUUUUCCCGUGACUUAAUUUAUUAGAUCGAUACCACAUUCAUGUCUGUUUUACUGUAAAUAUGAAGCCACCAGCUAGUUAGCUUAGCUUAGCAUAAAGACUGGCUAGCCUCUUUUUUUGUAGGUGUUAAAUAAAUAAGAUGUAUUGUGUUAAUUAGUGAGCUGAUA